AUGCCCUUUUCGCGUACAUUGUCAGUCGUUGGAUGCCACGCCGAAGGUGAAGUCGGCGAUGUAAUCACUGGUGGAGUCCUCGAUGUCCCUGGCAGUACAAUGUACGAAAAACUGGUUCACUUUCUGAACGAAAAAGACGACAUACGUCAGCUUUUACUCAACGAGCCCCGAGGCCGGUGCUCAAUGAACACAAAUUUGAUCCUACCCCCUUGUGAUCCACGAGCCGAUGCCGGGUUUUUGAUCAUGGAAAGCGAAGAAUAUGCACCUAUGUCGGGAUCAAAUACAAUAUGCACCGCCACCGUGCUAUUGGAGACCGGCAUGGUUCCAAUGAAAGAGCCUAUCACCCAACUGACCUUGGACACCGCCGCCGGUCUGGUCACCGUGAAAGCAGAAUGCGAAGCGGGGAAAUGCAAGAGCGUGGCAUUCGACAAUGUUCCCGCCUUCGUAUUCGAACUCGACUAUCAAGUCCUGGUUCCCGGUCUUGGAGAGAUCUCCGUUGACAUUGCCUGGGGGGGGAUGAUGUACGUGCUUGUGGAUGCAGCUUCCGUGGGUCUGAAAAUCGAAUCGAAAUAUAGCACGCAGCUAGUCGAGAUUGGCGAACGUAUCAAACGCACAGUCCAAGCCUCCUACACCCCUGUUCACCCCGAAAAUCCCAGGAUCAAGGGAGUCAGUAUUCUGGAGUUCACGGAGCCUCUCACACAAGAGGACGGUUGCAAAGCUGCUAUCAACACUGUUGUUGUCUCACCAGGGCGUUUUGAUCGCAGUCCCUGUGGUACUGGCACAUGUGCUCGACUCGCUGUUCUGCAUGCGAGGGGUCAGCUGGCAGAGGGUGAGAUUUUCAAACAUCGCAGUAUUAUUGGCACCGAAUUUACCAGCCAUAUUCGUGGAACCACACAAGUCGGUGGGUACCAGGCUGUUCUUCCGACUGUUGCUGGGAGGGCUUGGAUAACUAGUUUCAAACAAGUGGUUCUUGAUUCGAGCGACCCUUUCCCAGGGGGAUUCAGGGUGGGGGAUCAGUGGCCAAUGGCACUGAAUUGA